AUCUUUUAAUUUUUUUUUUUUAAAUGGCAAGAGCAUAAAAAGACACAAGACCAAUUGCAGAUUAAAACACAUCAGAAGCAGCAUGCACAUACGCUGCACUCAUCUUGUAUGAAGACAAUCAAGAAAUCAAUGCAGCAAAAUUGGCUCAAAUCAUCAAAGCAGCUAAUUUGAGAGUUGAACCAAUUUGGACUAAAGUAUUCGAGAAGGCACUCAAAGGAAAGAAAGUAGGAGAUUUAUUACAUGGAAACAGCGGAAGUGCUCCUGCUGCUUAAGUUGCUACAACAGCAGCACCAGUUGCAUAAUAGACUAAAGCUCCUGAAGCUGCUAAGGAAGUUAAGAAAGCAGAAGAACCCGAAGAAGAUGUUGAUAUGGGAGGCUUAUUUGAUUGAUAAACACCAUCAUUCGUACAUUAAUAUUCAAAUAUUGAAUGCAAAGCAUCUUUGUAAA